AUGAGUAAGCAACGAUGUAAAGAAGCUUGUGUUUCCUUUAAAUUAUCUUUGUAGUAUUACCAUGGGCGCUACUUUGGCAGGUUUCGUUAAGCAAUUGGGAAGUUUUACAUGCAAAAAAGAGUUCUGCGUUGAAGGAUCACAACGCUAUACACUAGGACGAGUGUGGUACGACAAGGUCAGAUGUGAGAGAAAAACAUGCAUGAAGGGAGGAAGAAUACAAGUGGAAUCGUGUCCGAUCAUCAGGGAACAGUCUGGCUGUGAAGUGGUGCAGGGGGCGCCCCAGACGGCCUUCCCAGAAUGUUGCGACACCCUCAGUUGCUGGAAGAUUAUCCAUUCUGACCCCGUCGAUGAUCCUGUACUAUAAUCGAUACUCGUCAUACAGUGCAAGCAACGCCACCUCUAAACAAGACCGCGGCUGGACAGAAGUGGCAACACCGCAGUCCCGGCAACAGCUGAUGCACUGAUAAUGGAGCGUCUGCGUUUGUUAUUACUGUCAUUACCAUGGCAACAGGCCGGUGCGACGUUGCCACAUCAACGCCGCGGCCUUGUAGUUGAGGCUAUGCAGGUAAUGCACACUGUGAACCUGCGCUGGCCACAAGAUGAUGAGGAAUCAACUGUAGACUGAACUGCCUUGUGCAAAUACUGUGAUACUAUCGAUACUUUAGCUCGUAGUUUGUUUAAUCACAUCAUGAUUUGUUGAAUGACUUUUAUAUUGUGAAUAAUGGUUAUAAUUACUGCACUCUACGUGA